AUGAAGUUAUUUCGACUUCGGUUCAUUAUUUUGGGACUUUUAUUGUGUGUGUUCCACGUGUGGUGUAGAACUUGUGGUACGGAUCUCACUGACCCUGCGUCUAGUGCUUACCUGGCGGAGGUGGUGGUGGAGGGACGGGUAGCACAGACCCUACCCCCGGAUCACACAGGCCAAUUUAAUGUUACUAUUAGGAUAAGGAGUGUAUAUAAAGGUGUGCCUUCUAGUAAAAGAGGGAAACUAAUGACGGUAGGAAAAUUUGGGCAAGAAAGUGACCAUGAAAAUUGUAUUUAUACCAAUAUUCGACGGGGGCCUACCCGUUACGUGUUUUUUCUUAAGGAAACGGAACAAAAUUACUAUACUCUAACAGCAUUCCCUGUGAAAUUUAGCAAGAAAAUUGGACGACAGAUUCGGAAAAUUUUAUGUAAAAAAGGAUCAUGUGGUAAACCACCAACUCUUCGAAAAAUUAAAGUACGCAAAUAUAAAACAGGAAGGCCAAUAUUAUUACGAUGUCGAAUAAGAUCAUCAAAGCCUGAUGCUGCGUUUACAUGGUUCAAAGACGGACAGGAGAUACGGUCCCGGCGAGUCCGAAUAAAGUCAUCAAAAAGAGGAUCAAGAUUAAAGAUCAAUAAAGCUAACAGUGGUGAUGGCGGAACGUACACCUGUAAAGCUACCAAUGUUCUGGGUUCUACUGAAGCACUUGCUAAAGUUACAGUUUUGCCGCCAAAAUCAAAACCUCCAAGAAAGACAACAAGAAGACCAACAACUGAUGUGGUAAGCCAUCCGCCAGCUUAUGUACCAUGUGGACCAGAGAAGGCUGGCUACUGUCUCAACGCCGGAGAGUGUCGUGUCAUAGUAUCCAUGAACGUCACCAAGUGCCACUGCAGAGAUUCCUAUCGUGGCGCGCGGUGUGAAGAGCGCAUCCAACAACUGUCGGAUCUGCCUGAUCUGCCCAGUGUACAGAGAGACCCUGAGGCACAUGAGAAGGACCGGACCAUAACCAUUAUAGGAAUUGUGAUUGGCAUAUUGAUUUUUGUAUGCAUUUGUAUUGCUUCCUACUUCCUGGCUAAGAAGCGGAGAGAACAGUUUCUUCAACGCCAGGAAGAAAAGAAGCGCAAAAACAGCAAGUUAGAUAGUCAGGUAUACAUUCCCCCUAGUUACCGCCUCCUUAACUCGAUGGACGAUGUAGAUGGAGGAACCGCACCCAAGAUCAAAACCCUGCCACCAGCUCUGACAGAACACAUACAUAAGGAAACUCAAACAGAUGAGACAAGCUUCAUGCCUGUCAACCCUAACACUAACAUGAGGAUCUACAGUAAUCCACUCAACAGACUCCCACAACAUAACUCCCCCUCCCAGGCAAACUCACGUAACCGACUCUCAGCAGUGUCUGUAGGUGGGAAACAUCCUAACAACCGUGCCUCCACAGGUCCUGGGAAUCCUAAUUCACCCCGGUCAUCUCGCAGUCAGAGUAUCCCACAGGAUGCCAAACCUGGAACAUCCAAAGAGGCCAAACCCAAGGACAAAUUUGACCCUCCUCCCCCAUAUAAUGGAUGUUCACCUACUGCUAUACCAGUGUUACGCAUGGACUCUGUCGGCGGGGCCAGUAGUGAGGAAGAGGACCCUCAAAAUACAGAAGCUUUGAUCCCACUUCAUAUCAGUGAGGGUGAGGAUGAUCGUUCAUUAAAUAGCCCUAUCUAUGGGAGUACUCCUUUUCCCCAUGAGAAAAAGCUCUUCAACAGUCAUGGAAAGGCUGCCUCUUCUCGACAGAUGGAUACCAAGGCUGAGAUACCUAUUUAUGUCAAUGCCAAUGGUGUUGGGUCACAGUCCUCCCUGACCUCUAGUGAUUCUUCAACAACUGGUAGUGCUGACAGUGAGGUUAGCGCUGUUUAUAAUUAUCCCAUAUAUAAUUCCCAAACCAAAGACUAUCCCGACAGCAUUUCCUGGAAUGAACGAGGCUCCCCAGAGCAUGUCAUUGCUGACAAGGAUUGCCCAAUACUGCCUGGUAAAAAGCCACAAAUAGACUAUGUAGAUAAAUCAUACCUGCCUCCCAAAAAGUUGCCAAGGGCUGGCUAUCAUGAUAUGCAUCUAGAUAAAAAGAAUAAGAUGCGCAAUGUGGUUGUUAGUGAGCCGUCUGUGCCAGUCUGA